UCGUAGUAGCAUUGUUUAAAUACAAGCCUGAGGACGACUCGUUCGCAGUGGCAAAGAAUGCGAGUGUCCAGCGUUUGGUAGGAUACGGUUAAAGGGAAGGUGACGCACGUACGCGGCCCUGGCAAUAUUUGGUCCGUUUAGUAGCUGACGUCGAAUAUCUUUGCACUUUAUUAUUUUCUUCGGUUAUCCAUCCGUGUCUUGUCACUGUUCCUGCUUGGAUUAUCUCCAUUCCUUAAUAGCACUAUGUCGAAUGUUCAGUUGUCCUGCAGUACGUUGGAUAGGCUUGCAGCCAGGAGGACCUUUCCUCUCCACGCCCGAACUGGAGUGUGCAGGAACCUUUUCGGACCGGUGGACCACGACGAGCUUGAUCGGGAGAUGAAGACCAAACUCCGGGAGAUCAGCGAAAGUGACCAGCGCAAGUGGAACUUUAACUUCGAAUCCCACACCCCAGUAGAAGGCGGCGAUUACGUCUGGGAGGCGACGGCGAUGGAUGCGAUCCCCGCGUUCUACAGAGACUCUAUUCAAGUAGGGAGAACACGGAUUACCGUGCCGGUGUGGACGAGGUCUCCCUUGGACUUGCACCAAACGAUUAGUAAUGGCAGGGACGAGUCCAGCGCGGGUCAGGAUUUUUCCUCGCCCUCGGCUUGCACUACCGCCCCGGAGAGUCGAUUAACCGCGGUGGAGGGUGCAGUGAACUCCGGGGACAGGAAUCAAGAAAAUCAAUCGGAUAAUUUAAACUCAGGAAUAAGGACAACCAGCAGAGCCGUGCCGUGCACACCACGAAAACGGGCGCCUGCGAGUGCAAACAGGCAAAUCACAGAGUUUUUCGUUAAAAGGAAGAGGUCGUUGGAAGUAAAGCAAUCUGGUGAAAAUGGCUCUCCUUCGGCGCCCGUGAUCCCCACGGAGCAGACUCCGAGAAAAAGGAUUCGAUGAGGUGGUCGCACUAUAUUUUUUUUUGGUGGUGAAGAUUCUGGUCUAUGGGGUUUCCACCAGAUUGGGAAGUAAAGACCGUCUCUUCGAAGGAGGAGGAGUGCCGGGAAAAGCAGAAACUCUUUGGGGAUUUUCGUGAGGCAGAACCCGGGGACUGUUUAAAAGAAAUCGAUAUGUAGCAACCCAGUGGCCUUGUAUGUAGCCACAAAUCCAGUGUUAUACGCGUUAACAACUGUGCAAUGUAUCUUUAAAGAGGAGGAAAAAAAAAAAAAAAAAGAAGCCUGAUGUCUACACUGGCCAAAAGUGUAAAGCUUUAAAAGUCAUUUAUUGUUUAUUGAUGCAACUUGAGUUGUAUAUUUGUACAAAAUUUAAGAGUAUACUAACUUAUAUUUUAUUUAUGUGUUGAGUUUUUGUCGGUAAAAAGCCAACGGUUUCUUUCUUUUAUGAGCCAAAGGGCACUAUUUUUUUUUUCUUUGCAUAAUGUAUAAAGAUGUUUUUUUUUUAUAUAUUUUUAUAGGUUUUUGUUUUGGUGUCAAUCACAGCAUAAUGUAGCUUUAUGAAUCUUAGUGUACUUGAAGAUGACUAGAAUCCAUUUUUUUUUUUUUUUUUUCUGAGCCUUUUCUGUUUCACUGCCGUUUCCAGAUAACUUCAAACAAAUCUGAAUAAAACAAUGGUUUACUCUGA